GCGUUGUUCUCCUAUCACAAUGAUAGUGCAAUGAAGUGAAGUUAAUUUCGGAAGUGCCGCGCAAAUUUCGCGAUCGCCGUAUUCUUGAUUGGAAUUCGGGCGAUCACACUAAUUAACCGCGGGUAUUUUCGCGAGUGAAUGAGAGUUAUGAAGCUGCAAAAAAGGAUGAACAAGACAGAAGGAGGAGGAGGAGGAGGAAGUGGCCUCGGGCAACGGCGGAGCACUGGCUAUCACAAAGGUUAAGUUUAUAUCAAUGUAUGUCAUUAACGGAAAGUAACGUUACACGAACCGCACGAACGUGAUUUUUAACCGUUUUCUACACAAGAAAGCGACAUGCCUAAGAACAUUGUAAAAAAGACCAGCGGGCCUUACAUAGGUGCUAUUGAUGAGGGAACGAGUAGCGCUAGAUUUUUGGUGUUUGAUGUGUUACGCAGGAAGAUAAUUGCUUUGCAUCAGAUCGAAAUUAAACAGAAAUAUCCUCAAGAAGGAUGGGUGGAGCAGGAUCCAAAAGAAAUAUUACAAGCUGUCAUAGAAUGUAUACAAGAGACUGUAAAAAAGAUGAAAGACAUUGGCUUAUCAAUCUCAGAUAUAAAAGCUAUUGGGAUUACUAAUCAAAGGGAAACAACAGUAGUUUGGGACAAGGAUACCGGAGAGCCUUUGCAUAAUGCAAUUGUAUGGCACGAUAUGAGGACAACAACAACUUUAGAAAACAUAUUGGAUAACGUCCCUAAUAAAACUAGAAACAAGAAUUAUUUAAAACCUCUAUGUGGUUUACCAAUGUCUCCCUACUUUAGUGCUCUCAAGAUACGCUGGUUGAUAGAUAACAUUUCACGUGUGAAGCAAGCAGUGGAUGCAAAAAAAUGUGCUUUUGGAACAAUUGACACAUGGCUCAUUUGGAAUCUCACAAAGGGUCAAUUACACAUUACGGAUGUGUCAAAUGCAUCUCGCACAAUGCUAAUGAAUAUCGAUACAUUGAAAUGGGAUUCUUUAUUAUGCAGCUUUUUCAAUAUUCCACAACAUAUUCUUCCUGAAAUACGGUCCAGCGCAGAAGUCUAUGGCUAUAUUUCAAAUCCUGAAGCUCUUGCAGGCAUACCUAUAGCAGGUUGUGUGGGUGAUCAACAGGGAGCUCUUCUUGGUCAAUUAUGUUUGAAACCUGGUCAAGCAAAGGCUACAUAUGGUACAGGAUGCUUUCUACUUUACAAUACAGGAAAUAUAAAAGUCGAUUCGAGGCAAGGCUUAAUAACUACUGUUGCUUACAAGAUUGGACAAUCUCCAACUGUUUAUGCACUAGAAGGAUCAGUCGCUGUUGCUGGAGCUGCUUUAUCCUGGCUUCGAGAUAAUAUGCAACUUUUUAGUAAUAUAACGCAAAUACAGAAUAUGGCAGAGUGUGUGAAAUCUUCUGGCGACGUGUACUUUGUGCCAGCUUUCUCAGGGCUGUACGCGCCCUAUUGGCAGCAAGAUGCGCGCGGAGUAAUUUGCGGUAUUACCGAGGAUACAGAGCAGUACCAUAUUAUACGAGCAGCAUUAGAAGCAGUCUGCUUUCAAACGAGAGAUAUGUUAGAGGCAAUGGUGAAAGAUUCAGGAACGAAUCUGUCAAUGCUGCAAGUUGACGGCGGUAUGACUGUAAACAAUUUGUUAAUGCAAUUACAAGCAGAUUUAACGGGGAUAACUGUCGUAAGACCAAACAUGGUUGAAACAACAGCAUUGGGUGCCGCAAUUUUAGCUGCCAUUGGUGUAGACUUAAUUGAUAUAAAUGAAGUGGAUGUAUCUCAAGUAACCAAGUUUUCACCUAUGAUUGGUGAAAAUGAGAGAGAUCUUAGAUAUUCCAAGUGGAAAAUGGCUAUUGAAAGAUCCAUGAAAUGGAAUUGUUCUACAACUUUAAUAAAUAAUUAAUCGUAUGUAUACAUAUAUUUUUAUACCAAACAUGAAAUAAAUAUUGAGAGAGAGUGAGAGAGAGAGAGAGAGAGAGAGAGAGAGAGACAGAGAGAGAAAUGUC